AUGAGCCAAGUCCAGAUCGAAGCACAGCAAGUGCUUGGCCAGUUAAUCGAAAACGGGGACAGCAACCAAUUCAUCAUCGUCCUGGGCAUCUCCGAAGUAGCUCGCCAGCAACUUGACAACGACAAAGAAUGUCUCGGGGCCAUUGAAUUUCGAUUCAUGUCGAUUACGGAGGAAAUCAACUUUAAACUCCGUGCUCGAAUGGGUAUUCCUAGAGCGGACAUCAUGUUUGGAAACACAACAACCCACAAGUCCAUUGACAAUACAGAAAAGCAGCCGGACGACUGCUUCUGGCCGCCCCCAAGACAGCAACAGGGCCGGACCAGCCGCGUACAGGGCUGGCCGACCCUCGUUAUCGAAACGGGGGUAUCAGAAUCGCUGUCCAGAUUGCGAGAAGAUGCCCGGUGGUGCACGUCGUCAGCACCGGGUCACCGUGGAAAAUGGCACAUGCAGGAACCAGGAAGAGGCUCGGAGCCUUCUGCUUUUGGUUUUGCAGCCUGUCAUGCCUCCGCCGCCCUCGCGCAGGAAAUUGUGAUAACGUCUACUUCGGUUGAGGGGGCUCCGCUGACAAUCGGCUUCGAAGCGCUGUUUGAUCGCCUCCCUCGCGGAUCUGAAACAGAUAUUGUGUUGGAUGCACUUGACCUGCGACACUGCGCUAGAGUGGUCUGA